GGGUAGGGGUUGGUGGGUUUGGGGUAUGGGGUAGCAUAUAUCCACAUGUAGCAUUGUCUAAAACCUUCUUUUGUCUGUUUAUUUUCAAACCCUCCCGCGAAGUAAAUCUUUUGCCUUUUUUGAUUAUCUGCAAUUUCACUUCAGAUAAAAGAAGAAAUUAGGGUUCUUUUCAUAUUUGUCUUUUUUGCAAAAAGUUGCAUUCGCAUUCGUUUGAUUUAUUUAGAAUACUUUUUUUUGUAUUCAAUUUGAAACAGAAUAGAUCUGAAUCUUCAUUCCCUUUACUUUUCGAUUUGUGAUUGGAUUUGAACUCAGUUCAAUUGGUGUUAAUGGAAGACGCUAGUCAACAGAGCCUCGAUGGAUUCGCCUCCAUCCCAUCUUCUGGUGACAGGGCUGUUGAUCUUCAUAACUUGGCAGAACAGCCACUUUCGCCGAAAGAUGAACGGAUUGUGUCUGCAAACCCUUCUCCUGACACAGCCAUAUCUAGGGCACCAGAAAACACUAAAGAUCAGCCUGCAACCUCAGUAACAAGUGGGGCUUUCAGCACUAUGUAUCCUUACAAUGCUUAUACUCAGCAGGACCAGGGCAUCUAUUACGGAGAUUACCUUUGCAUUGGUCCAGGUUAUGACGAUGGCACUGGUAACUGGGAUGAGCAUUCUAACUAUGUUAACGUCAAUAACUUACAUGUCAUACCUCCGGCAAUGUACAAUGAUAAUCCACCACUCUUCUAUCCUACUGGCUAUGGCUUUGAUUCCCAGAUGGCAUAUGGACAGUUUUCUCCUCUUCCUAGCCCUCUGUCUCCAAUAAUGUUCGAUGGACAGUUGUACUCUCCACACCAAAUACCUGUGUCGUCACCUUAUUAUCCACCCUCAGUUUCUCCUGGUCUGCCCCAUGUUACUUCAGCAUUUCCUGUUUCACAGUCAGAACUGAUGCCACCAGAAAUUAGUGGCCAACAAAAUCCUAUGGACUAUGCACUUUUUGGGCCAGGAUCUGGUUUCUAUGUGCCUUUUGGAGCUUUUGGUGGAGGGGAUAUUUCUGGAAGUAGUGGAGUUGGUCUCUACAAAUUUUCGGGCGACUUUGGAUCUAGUGAAUCGCUGCCAAGUCAUUCAAGCCCUUUAGACACAGGCAAGUUCAUGUCUCCAUUGGCGGCUGGGACUGCAUAUCCCCAUUCAAUUGGCAUACUUGGUUCAUACGAGCAAAAUGUUGCACAGACUUCAUUUCAGGAUUAUGGAUUGACGUCAAGCUCCUCAGCUAGACGUUAUCCGCAUGCUGGCUCUUACCAGCGCGGUUUGCCUCCUAAUCGGAAUCAGUCCUCUACUGGCAAGGGUGCAAGACACGAAAAGGAUCGAGACUUUAUCAGUGCUUCUUCCGAUGCAUUUGGUAUCUCAAGUGAUCGAAAUCGAGGGCCAAGGUUUUCAAAGGCACUGAGCAAAAGUUUACCUGGAGAGGGCACGUCUUCAGGUGUUCAUAAAGAUGUUGAAUCUACUUCGGGCUUUGAUAUUAGUCAGUUCAAUGCCCCAGAUUUCACUACAGACUAUGAAAAUGCAAGAUUUUUUGUCAUCAAGUCCUUCAGUGAAGACAAUAUUCACAGAAGUAUUAAAUACAAUGUUUGGGCCAGCACAUCACUUGGAAACAGAAAACUUGAUGCUGCCUAUCGUGAAGCAAAGGAAAUCAAUGGAAUUUGUCCAGUCUUUCUCUUUUUCUCAGUUAAUGCUAGUGGACAGUUUUGUGGGGUAGCCGAGAUGGUUGGACCUGUUGAUUUUGACAAUGAUGCCAAGUACUGGCAGCAAGAUAGAUGGAGUGGGCAGUUUCCUGUUAAGUGGCAUAUCAUUAAAGAUGUACCCCAUGGUAGCUUCCGCCACAUAGUUCUUGAAAAUAAUGACAAGAAGCCUGUUUCUCACAGCCGAGAUUCCCAAGAGGUGAAACUGGAACAAGGAAUUGAAAUGUUAAAAAUUUUCAAGAACCAUAAUGCUGGGACAUCUCUCCUUGACGAUUUUACCUACUAUGAUGAGCGAGAGAAAUCCUUGCUGGAAAGGAAGGUCAAACAGCAAGCCACUUCAUCUGGAAAUACAGCGGCUCCUCUCCCUGCUGCUGAUUCAAUAAAUCAACUGUCGGAUAACCUGGCUGACACACUCCGUUUGGACAGUGGUAAAACGCUGCCCAAAACAGAAUUGGAGUAGCCAGUAGACUUGAGCUGAAGUAGUUCAUUAAAAAUUUGAAGUUGCUGAUGUUAAUCUUUGAGGUGGUAUUAUCGUUCACCUGGGACCCUCUCUCUCUAUCUCAGUUGGCAUUAGUGGUGAACAUCUUUGACAGUCCUAAUACUUCUCUCCCCUUCAUUUGUUAGUUGUUACUUCCGUAAGUAGGUGGCACUUAGUCAUAUAAUUCAAGGAGGGUUGUGGAUCUCGCUAGCAUGAUGCUUUGCUGAUUGUACUUUUGGUAUUCUUCUUUUUAGUUGUAGUUCAAGACAAUUAUUUUGAACUGCUGCGCAGCAGCCUGUAAAAGCUCCAAAAUUGGUGGCAAUUUAUUGAAGGAAUGAAGCAAAUGGAUUAUAGGCAUAUGCUUUCUACU